GGGAAAGAGGAGUUUGUGCAAGCUGGCAUUGGAUUUUGAGUUUUCAAUGGUCAAACAGUGAGUCAAUCCAUACGUUUAUGCCCUUUGUAUUCAAUCUUUGUUUCUAUAUUCUUCAAAUUUCAAUUCCCAAUUCCCAAUUUCUCUCUCUCAGUUAAUUAUCAUAUCCAGUUUUGAUUCUAUCAUUUCUUCAACUUUCCUCUAAGUUUCUUGUUUUCGAUUCGAUUCCAUUCGAUUCCGCCUGUUUUUCGCUGUUUCUAACUCCAUGGCCUAGACGAGCAUGACGAAAUCCAAGAGUUUGAUGCACAACAUCAUGAGACAAUUCAGAUUCGGUUCCUCAAGAGACAGGCAGGGCGAGGAUGAUUUGGAGGAGAUUGCAGCUAAGGAACAGAAGGUUAUUCAAUUUGAAACAUUAGUUGAAGCUACCAACAAUUUUCACCAGAAUAACAAGCUUGGCGAAGGCGGAUUUGGUCCAGUUUACAAGGGGAAGUUAAAGGAUGGAAGAGUGAUUGCAGUUAAGAAGUUGUCGCAUUAUUCAAAACAAGGAAGAAAAGAGUUUAUGACUGAGGCUAAAUUGUUGGCUCGUGUGCAGCACAGAAAUGUCGUCAAUUUGUUGGGAUACUGUGUGCAUGGUUCAGAGAAACUACUGGUUUACGAAUAUGUCACAAAUGAGAGUCUUGACAAGCUUCUCUUCACAGAAUCCUGCAGACGAGGAGAUCUUGAUUGGAAGAGGAGGUAUGACAUAAUCUUUGGCAUAGCACGAGGUCUGCAAUAUCUUCAUGUGGACUCACAUAAUGUCAUUAUCCAUCGUGACAUAAAGGCUAGUAACAUCUUGUUGGAUGAUAAAUGGGUCCCUAAGAUUGCCGAUUUUGGGAUGGCUCGUCUCUUCCCUGAAGAUCAAACUCACGUCAAUACUCGUGUUGCCGGUACAAAUGGAUAUAUGGCUCCCGAAUAUGUAAUGCACGGGCAUCUAUCAGCCAAGGCAGACAUUUUUAGCUUUGGUGUUUUGGUUUUGGAACUUAUAAGCGGCCAGCGAAAUUCGUCAUUUAGUUCAUUUAUGGACGCCGAGAAUCUACUUGAUUGGGCUUACAAGCUAUACAAGAAGGGCAGGAGCUUGGAGAUCAUGGACCCAACAUUAGCUUCAUCAGCUGUUCCUGACCAAGUUACAAUGUGCAUUCAGAUAGGAUUGCUAUGCACACAAGGUGAUCCAAACCUACGGCCGACUAUGCCACGUAUAGUUUUAAUCCUUUCAAAGAGACCUGGUAAUUUGGAGGAACCAAUGAGACCAGGAAUACCUGGUUCUCGGUAUAGAAGACCUCGUAGGACAAGUGCAUCGUCCUCCAAUGCUGGUGUGUCUGGAACUUCUGGUUCAUCCGACUCCUAUGCUCUUACAAGCAAUACUACUGGGACUAUAACUGCUACCGCAACCGCAACCGCAACCGCAAAUGAAGUUGCUUCUGGCUCUUCUUCAAUUAGUCGAGGAUACGAUACUCAUGGGAAACGUCCGAUAGAAGGUUAGACCCCAUUUCUAAUAGGAUCAUUCUUUUUGUUCAUAAGUUUUUGUAUCCUUAGUUACAUUAGGAUGUAAAUGUUGAGGUGGAAAGUUUCUGGUCAAAGUAGUUGGAUGGAUUCAAUUCAAUUUCUUAUCACAUUUUUUGUACAGUAAGUUAGCAGUUUUAGGUUCAAUCCCCAAUGUAAAAAGAAUUUAAAUAAAUAAAUCUGUACAUCUGCAGUAAUGUAUUUUCAGCAAAAACAGUUUAGUUAUCACUAGUUUGAUGCUAGUUUUAAUUUGGCCAAUUGUAUUAUAUUUAAAUCUUCCGAAGAAUAUAUAUAUAUAUAUAUGCAAGCCA